UAUGUGCUUUAACUCGUUUAAACCGCGCGAUGUAACGAUUAAAAUAGUGCAUAUUAAUCUUAGAAGAAAUUUACUGCAGUUCGGCAUUUUAAAAUGUUCAACUCCUGUACAGUUAUCAUGUGAUGAUGUGCCCGAGCUGUCCGACAGUGAUGAAGAACAGUGGCAGUCAAUGGAGGAGGGAUCUGAACACAUAACAGUCCCGUGUUUACUCUGUGACAGCAGGACUUUCACCUCCGUGUCUGAAACAGUUCAACACUGUAAGACAGAUCAUGGUGUGGAUAUUCCAGGUCUUGUCCACAAACACAGGCUUGAUGACUAUGGCUACAUAAAGAUGAUAAACUACAUUAGAACUACAAAAUGUUCUGCAGAGAGUUUGGAGCUUGCUUCAAAUGGUCCAUUGCCAUGGGACAGUGAUCAAUACAUGAAACCAGCUUUACCAGAUGACCCAUUACUGUUGAUAGAUGUUGAAGAGUUGACUGAAGGCUCAGAUGUGUCGUUGAGCCCCGCGGCUGGUGAUCGGGAGCCUCUUCUGCUUCAGAGAGCCAGACAGGCUGAAGACAGAGCUCAGAGAGCUGAGGAAGCCCUUGCCCGAGCCAUGGACGAUCUGCACAAACUCAAAUUGUUGGCCCAAGGUUUAGUGCUGAAUGCAGACACAAGCCGUGGCCCUUCACGCUCAGGGGCCAUUGCUGAGUUGAGAGAAGAAGAAGACGAGGCCUACUUUAGCUCUUAUGGGCAUUACAGCAUCCAUGAGGAGAUGCUGAAGGACAAGGUGCGCACUGAGAGCUAUCGAGACUUCAUGUACCACAACAUGGACGUCUUCAAGGACAAGGUGGUGCUUGAUGUGGGAUGUGGUACAGGAAUCCUCUCCAUGUUCGCCGCCAAAGCGGGAGCCAGGAAGGUCAUUGCUGUCGACCAGUCUGAGAUCAUCUACCAGGCCAUGGACAUUGUCAGAUCAAAUAAACUUGAAGACACCAUCACACUGAUCAAGGGCAGAAUAGAAGAAAUUGACCUUCCUGUGGAAAAAGUGGACAUCAUCAUUUCAGAGUGGAUGGGCUACUUCCUGCUGUUUGAGUCGAUGCUGGAUUCUGUGCUGUACGCUAGGGAUAAGUACCUCGCAGACGAUGGUUUGGUCUAUCCAGACCGCUGCAACAUCAGCCUGGCGGCAGUGGGGGACACUCAGAAACACAGUGACCGCAUUGCAUUCUGGGACGAUGUGUAUGGCUUCGAGAUGAGGUGUAUGAAGAAGGCUGUGAUACCAGAGGCGGUCGUGGAGGUGUUGAAGCCUGAGACGGUCAUUUCAGAGCCUGCAGUGAUUAAGACUGUUGACUGUGGCACUGUGAGGGUGUCUGAGCUAGAGUUCACUGUAGACUUCAGCCUGAAGAUAACGGCCUGCACCUUCUGUACAGCCAUCGUGGGCUAUUUUGACAUUUUCUUCGACAAGAGCUGCGGAAACAAGGUCAUGUUCUCCACUGCUCCAGACUGCACUAAGACUCACUGGAAACAGACGGUGUUCUUACUAGAAAACCCCAUCCCUGUCAAAACCGGAGAGGAACUUCCAGGUCAAAUCGCAGUGCAUAAGAACAGAAAGGACCCCAGAGCUCUGCUGAUCACACUCAGUGUCGCUGGCCAGAAGCAAACCUACAGCCUCCAGUGAAGAAGUUGUUUUACUGGGGGGAAACACAUACUUGGAGCAAUCCAGUAUUUAAUUACUGAAACCUCAUAUUAAAAAGUUUUUCUACCAAACGUCAUUCAUUCAUGGGUUGCACAUGAACAUUCUGUCAAUGUUUUUUUUUUUUUUUACACAAGUUGUUCUCUCUGUGACUAUUAACAGAGAGAAGUCAACAACUUGGGCAACUAAUGAAUGCCAGACUUUGUUUUAAACCUCUUAAUGUUCAUAUAUUAGGCCCUGGAAGAACCCUAAUUUCCUGUUUGUUUGAAUAAUGACUAAGUGAAUAAAGUUAAAGCUUUCCUUA